GGCAGACUCUGAACAGCAUUUGUUACCGCUUAGCGUAAGUAUGAAUGUCGAGCCACCGAUGCGACAUCCUUGAUGCGAUGGCUAAGUAGGAGUGGAACGGAUCGAGUUACGAACAGCGCAUUGCAGUGGUAGGGUCGACGCGAAACGAGAAAGUGCUGUGUGCAGUGAAUUUAUAUUAUAGAACAUGAAGUUUCUAUGGUACUUCAUCGCCGUGAUGACGGUAGCUGAAUCAGCAGUGGAUAUCGAGAAAACAGUGAAACAAGUACAAAAUAUUUUGCAGUCACAUUCUGAGCUCCCUAGACUUACCCGCGAAGAGAUCAUACAGCUGAUGAAUGACAUCAAAGCUGAAGACGAAAAAACGUCAACAUCGAAACAAAGCAGUAAAGAGAGCAAUGAAAUUAAAAUCACAACACCUUACAGUACAUCAGACAAUGAAAUAUAUUCAGUAACGCAGACGAUAAAAAAUGAGGAAAUUUUACUGAUAAAUGAUGUGGCUUCAGUUCAACCAGACACACUUGAGGCAACGACAAAGAAAAGUGAACCAUCUCUAACCGUUGUACUUCCUUAUACUCCUAGAGACGGAUCUUCAUUACAAGAGCUAUACACUAGACCACCAAGAGUUGAAAUUGUGCCUGCUUCUGAAGUAACUCCGCAGCCAAUCAAAACAUCCGAUAUAAAUCAAAUACAAAUUAAUAACGUAAAUAAACAGAAAGAAGACUUCACUGCGGAAUUGAGGGCAUUUUUAGAUGCUCAUGGUUUGAAAGCUAAACCGGGACAAGAUCACUUCUUGCUCCCUCUAGAAGGUUUCAAGCCAUUGCCGCCGGCAAAAAUAAUUGACGGUAAUAUUGAUUUACCAGAAAAUAUUCUUUUAACUUACGAUUUGAUUUCACCAGCAGAACUAAAAGCCAGUAAAGUUCAAACUAUUUCACCUACGAAUUUUUUGUACGAACCUCUUCGUCCAGAGAUUCCAUUUGAAUUAGACACUUCAUCAUCUGAAAUCAAAGAGGUAGUCUAUCCUUAUGACAUGCCGAAGAGUAGAAAACCAAAGUCUGCACCGAAUUAUGAGCCAAUCGACUACGACUCCGUCAAAGUAAUUCCUUUAAACAAAGGUAUUAACCCGAUCGAAGACGUAAAAUUUACUGUUGAAAAUGAACAGAGCAAAAGACAGACCAAUAGUACUGAUGUUACUGAAGCUUCUAUAACUACUGAGGAACCAAAAGCAGCUAGUGAUACUGUUCAAGACUCUUCACCUUCUCCUAUUCCGGAUGACGCCGGAGCGUCUAUAGCAGAUCUGGAGGAUUCUUUCGGAGGAGCAGCACCGUCUCUGCCCGGGGAUUCCGAAUUGCCGCCUCCAAGGAAGAACGGCUUUUACUGGAUGCUUGAUUGGAAUAGUUUUCUAGAAGUAGGAGACGGUGAUACAAAAGUGAAUAUACGUUUCGAACCAAAACUCGGAGACCCGCAGAUGUUCCUGCCUGUAACGGUUCCCUAACUCCUCAAUUAACUAUUUUAUAGUUUUACGAGUUCUAGUCCCGACGUUUAGAUAUUAUUGAAAUUACUUUGACAUUCAGUUGCAAUUAUUUAAUACCUUUAGUAGUGCUAAUAUGCUAAUAGGCAGCUGUGAGCACUAAUGAACAUACUCCAAUUCAUGUCCACAAAGCUAUUUCUAUACAAUGUUCAAGGCGCCGACCUCUUAUUUCUAACAGGGAUGUUUUAAGUAAGAGACGCAUGCCGUGCGGUAGGUUUGACGUAUUAUAUGGAUUGUUGCAAGGCAUAUGAUGAGCAUUGGUUUUGAGCUUUGAGGGAAAGAAGAUGAAGACACUAAUCCGACAAGCAAUCUAUAAGUUUCUCUAGUCCAACAUGAAUUACAUGUGUCUUCUGUUUUAACCGACCUCUAAUGGAAAGUAGAAUAUUCUCAAUUCAGAGCAUAUGACUUUACCUUUCGCGUUACCCUAAUAAUAUUUUAAUGACAGGUCAUUAAAUUAUUUCGAAAUCUCUGCAUCGUUCUUCCGAUUAUGUUUAAAGUUGUACAUUUGUUAUUGCCACUUUAGAGAAUAUUUCAGGUUCAAAUGGUGGCACGGAAUUUGUAUUUCACAAUAUUAAAUUUAGCGUCAGUCACGACCAGCCUGCAGUUAAGGACAAUCCCAAAUCAUUCAAGCUCCUGAAAAUAUUAAGCAGGUGUUCAUUUGAAAACCAAUUUAUCUUCAAUAAUUUCAUUGUUUUGUAUUAUUGUACAGUAAAUAAAUAAUAAAUAAACAUUGGUAAAUAAA